AAAAGUGUCAAUCUUUUCCUGGCAUUCUAAUUUAAAAUUCUUAAAAUUUUCGAUAACAAAUGCUAAAAUUAUUUUUCCAACUAUUUUCCAACAAGCAGAGCCUCCAAAGCCUGGAAAAGACCCUACUGAUUCCUACACUAAACCACCUAACAAUGUCCCGAUCCAAAGCUACGGUCAAUCGUCCCACGGAUCUAAGUACUCCCUCGGUCGAGGAGCCGAAUGCUAGGAUUGUGUAUCCCGAAGCACGAAAGGAUGGUAAAUUCGAGGAAAUGCUGCAUGAGUACAGGAUUAGAGAUGUCUAUCGAUGGCUUGAGGACCCAGAUUCGGUGGAGACGCAGAGAUUUGUGAACGCUCAGAACAAUAUUAGCCAACCGUUUCUCGAAAGAUGUGAGGAGUGGGAGAGUAUCAAUGCCAAGCUGACGAAGAUGUGGAAUUUCCCAAAGUACGGAUGCCCCAUGCGCCAUGGUGAUUUCUAUUACUAUUUCAAGAACACAGGCCUGCAGAACCAGAGUGUUUUGAUGCAGCAGGAGAAUUUAGGGAGCCCAGAGGUGGUAUUCCUCGACGCCAAUAGUUUGUCCGCCGACGGAACCAUCGCUCUGAGCCAUAAAACGUUCUCCGAAGAUGGGGCCUACAUGGCCUAUGGCUUGAGUGAAAGUGGUUCGGACUGGAAUAAAAUUCGUAUCCUAAGGGCCAAGGACCGCACCGACUUUCCCGAGACUCUGGAGAAGGUGAAGUUUUCCAAUGUCUCCUGGACGAAGGACAACAAGGGCUUCUUCUACGGUCGGUACUCGGAUCAGGAGGGCAAAACUGAUGGUUCGGAGACAAGGCAGAAUGAAAACCAAAAACUAUACUACCAUCGAGUGGGAGAAAGCCAAGAUAAAGAUACUUUGAUUGCUGAAUUUCCCGAACACCCCUCAUGGAUGUUCCGAACCGAUGUUACCGACUGUGGGAAAUAUCUUAUCCUAUCCAUCAGUCACACUGUUCGAGAUAACAUGCUGUACUAUGCAGAUCUGAAACCAGAUGAACCAAUCACUUCCAAACUAGAGUUUAAGCCCAUUGUGGAUAAGUUUGAGGCUGACUACGAUUACAUAACCAACGAGGGAUCCAAAAUGUACUUCCACACAAACAAAGACGCGCCCAAAUACCGCGUAGCUGUGAUUGACUUCAGGAAUCCUGCCGAGGAAAACUGGACGACCCUAAUACCCGAACACGAGAAAGAUGUCCUGGAGUGGGCCAAGUGCGUGAAUGAGGACAAACUGCUGGUUUGCUACAACCGCGAUGUGAAGCAUAUUCUCCAGGCCCGAGAGCUACAUACAGGAAAUCUCAUCCGGCAGUUUGGCCUGGACAUUGGUUCCAUAAAUGGGAUCUCAGGAAAAAGGAAGUACUCGGAGAUCUUUUAUGGUUUCUCAUCGUUCCUAACGCCUGGCAUAAUUUACCACUACGACUUUUCCAGGCCCGUUGAGAAGCCAAAGGUUCUGCGAGAAAUCAACCUGAAUUUGGAGGGUUUCAGCCGCGACGAUUACAGUGUUGAGCAGGUGUUCUAUAAAAGCGCCGAUGACACCAAUAUUCCCAUGUUCAUAAUACAAAGAAAGAGGGAUAAUGUGGAGCCCCGACCUUGUUUGCUCUACGGAUACGGCGGAUUCAACUACAGUCUGAUGCCAUCUUUUGGCAUAACUGGUCUCAUGUUUAUGGACACAUUUGACGGGGUCUUGGCCUUUCCGAAUAUAAGAGGAGGCGGGGAAUAUGGCAUAGAGUGGCACAACGGAGGAAGGUUGCUGAACAAACAGAAUGGGUUUAAUGACUUUCAGGCGGCCGCGGAGUAUUUGACCCGGAAUAACUACACCACCAAGGAUCGAUUGGCCAUACAGGGCGCCUCGAAUGGCGGGCUUUUGGUGGGUGCCUGCAUCAAUCAGCGACCGGAACUCUUUGGGGCAGCCGUCGCCCAAGUGGGGGUGAUGGAUAUGUUGCGGUUCCACAAGUUUACCAUCGGCCAUGCCUGGUGCUCGGACUACGGAAACCCCGACGAGCGGGAGCACUUUGCCAACCUCUUUAAAUACUCGCCCCUGCACAAUGUUCACAUUCCCCUGAACCCCAACCAGGAGUACCCCUCGACUUUGAUCCUGACGGCCGAUCACGACGACCGCGUGAGUCCUUUGCACUCCCUUAAGUUUGCUGCCGCUCUGCAGGAGGCCGUGCGGUACUCGGAGUACCAACUCAAUCCCAUUCUUCUGAGGGUCUACACGAAGGCAGGUCAUGGAGCGGGAAAGCCCACCAAGAUGCGCAUCAGCGAGGCCACGGACAUCAUCACGUUUUACAAGAAGACUCUCAAAGUUGACACGGUCAAUCUCUGAAAAAAUGCAUAGCCCUUCAAGCAACUAGCAGUUCGGACUAAACUUUUUAAAACAAAUAAAUUUUUCUUUAUAAAUUAAUAAAUAAAAUUCUUAAAAAACU